UAGAGGUGGUCAGGAGGCGCGUGGAUCAGAAGUCACCGGGCGUCACCUCACGGUCACUCGAGCCCAACUCUGGCGGAACGUCCGCGCCUUCGCCUUCACAACUGACCCACUUUGUCGACAACAGUAUCAGAGGAGGGAUUCGGCUCAGAAAGAAUUGCGGGCGGAGCCUCUCUACUACCUGCGCAGGUGCAACACAAGUCAGAAGAGCUAGCAUCAUGACGGAAGGGCUUCUGCCCGGUGCGGUGUCCACUGGGGUCCGCUCCCUUUUCUUCAUGCUCACGCCGAACGAGUCUUCCUUCGAGAAGGUGGAGGACGUUCCUCCGUAUGUCCAACAGGCGACUCCGUUCUUUGUUGGACUGAUGCUGCUGGAGGUGCUGGUGGGUCUGCUGAAGGACGGCGGGAUCAGGGGGACGGUGAUGGAUGGGCUCACCUCUAUCUCAGCGGGGAUGGUCUCCAGACUGCCCUCGUUGUUCAUGCGGAGCUGCGAGCUGACGGCCUAUAUCUACGUCUGGCAGCACUUCCGCCUGCUGCAUCUGCCGUGGGACUCGGCCUGGACUUGGUGGUUCACCUUCCUGGGAGUGGACUUCGGCUACUAUUGGGUUCACCGCUUCGCUCACGAGGUCUUCCUCAUCUGGGCGGCCCACCAGGUCCACCACAGCUCAGAGUACUACAACCUGACCACGGCGCUCCGGCAAUCUGUCACACUGCAGUUCACGUCGUGGGUCUUCUACCUCCCUCUGGCCCUCGCGGUUCCUCCUUCAGUCUUCGCUGUUCACAUCCAGCUGAACCUCCUCUACCAGUUCUGGAUCCACACCGAGCUGAUUCGAGACCUGGGCCCUCUGGAGUGGAUCUUCAACACCCCCAAACAUCACCGCGUUCAUCACGGCCGGAACCUCUACUGCAUCGACAAGAACUACGGUGGAAUCCUCAUCAUCUGGGACCGACUGUUCGGAACAUUCGCUCUGGAGGAUGAAAAGGUGGUCUACGGUCUGGUGUACCCCAUCAAGACCUUUGAGAUCCUCCGUGUGCAGUUCCACUACUACAAGCACCUGUGGAGGAAGUUCUGCAACUACAAGAAGAUCUCCAAUAAAGUGCUGGCGGUCAUCAACGGCCCCAGCUGGAAGCCCGGCUUCCCUCGUCUGGGCGAUCGCUCCAGAAACCCCAAAAUCACCGGAGAGGAAGUGCCUCAUCAGUCCAGCUGCUCUCCGCCUCUGCAGGUCUAUGUGGUCGCCCACUUCCUGCUGGUCUUGUGGAGUUACCACGACGUGUUUGAGAACAAGACGGUUUUCUCCCAGCCAACUGUGUUGGGGAUGACCUGCCACAUUCUCUUCACACUCACCUCGCUGGGCUUCAUCAUAGACCAGAGAUCAGAAGCUGCUCUCCUGGAGAUGCUGCGCUGCGGCGUCAUGGUGGCCAUGCACCGGCUGGGCUUCCUCAGACCUGUGACGCCGUUGCUGGCGGUGCCCACAGAGGUCUUUGUCUCCCUCUGCCUGCUCUUCUGGGCGCUGCAGCUCGUCUCUCGGCAUCUGACCAUCCGCAAGAAGUUGGAGUGAAACUCGGCUGGAAGGCGACGUUUUCAACCUGCAACCUCACCGAAGCUAGCAGUCAAGGUGCUACUACCGGUCACUUCAGGUUACUUUUAUCUCAAGAACCUUAUACAUGAAGGUAAAAAGGGUUAAUUGUGAAAGUUACAUUUAUUUUAAAAUGUAAAAGUAAUUAUUGUUAUUAUUGUCAUUAUUAUUGUCAUUUAAAAACGUGCAAAUGUAGUACUAAAUAUUGCAGAAAUUGUUUGAAU